AUGGAUGGAAGACAUUUUAUGAUUAACCAAAUAAAUAGAAGAAAUGAAAUUAUCCUUUCUUAUAUACAUUUAUUUUCAAGGAUUCCAUUUCGAAAUGAUAGUAAAGGGGCAUGCCCAGGGAUUCCAACAGAAUGUACAGGUAGAGGAACAUGUAAUGGUACUGAAUGCACAUGUAAUUCACCUUGGACAUUUUCUGAUUGUACAGAUUUAUUACCACAAUUUGUCAAUACUUCAAACACUGGUCUUUCUUUUGGUGGGUUGGCUGUCAAGGUUGGAUUCUAUAUUAAAGAUGUUGAUUAUUUCGGAGUCACCCGUAAUUUCUUUACAUUGUCACUUGACACGAUGACUUUGUUAUCCAACUCGUCUUCAUCCAAUUACACUGAAUCUUUGUACUCUGCCACUAUAGUGUCUACUACUACUCCUAUAAACACCGGAUUAGUUCAAGUAGCAGUUAGAAAAUACACACAAGAUACUGUUGUCUUCACAGCUAGAGGUACCACUGAAAACUAUGUCAUCUCCAAAAACACAGUCUCCUAUGUCUUGUCAUUUAGUGGUUACCAAACACUAUCUUCAACCAAUUACUUUAGAGUCAAUGUAUUUGCUAUGAUUGACUCGGGUGUUGCCAUCUCCAAUCCAAUAUCCUCUUAUGAUAUUGAAUCUGGUUCAAUAUAUUCCUAUAAAUGGGCAAAUAUGACACCUGUAACCACCACAACGAAUGGAGCAUCACUUACUUUUCGUGCAAUUAGUAUUGGUGUCACUGGAAAUGAUCCUCUUUCCCAAUACUCACCAACAUUAUUUGACUAUUCCCCAUCGUCCUCACAAGCACCAUCCACCUCUUUUGUCUAUGCUAGAUAUAUCUAUUCAGUUAAAGAAGAUGUCAAUUCAUCAAUCUCAUUUGAUUUUAGUAUUAUUGGUAGUGGUAGCUCAAGUACAACUACUGAUUCAACCUCUGCCACCACCACCACAUCAACUACAACAGACUCCACAUCUACCACUAGCACAACGACUGGAUCAUCCACUAAUUCAACUGGUUCAACUACAACGAGUACAACUACUGGAUCAACAACAACAACUAAUGGUAAAGAUCCAAGUACAUCAUCACAUUUGAAUCCAUUCACACCUGUACUAUUUAUUUUAUCAUUCAUCGUUUCACUUUUAAUUAUUUAG